UUUUCUCUUUACUUGGUUUUAUGCACUGUAUAGUUGUUUCUUGUUCUCUCUUUCUGUGGUUCGUUUUCUGUAAGUACCUUAUUUAUUUCAAGAACGCGUUUACUGACAUCUCUGUCUUUCUAGGAUUUCUCUUUGGUUGGUUUUUGAGUCUUCUAUUUCAUUUGAGCAUCGUUUUUGGUAAGUACUCCAUCAUUUCAAAAACGCGUUUGCUGACAUCUCUGCUUUCUCUAGGUUUUUCUCUCUAUUUGGUUGGUUCUGUCUACUGGUGUCUCUCUCUCCGUGGCUUUCAGUGUUCGAUCCUGAUCGUUGUUGGCCUGUUAUAGCCGAUGAUUUACUUUCUUAUCUUACUGCCCGAGAGUAAGAUACGAGGUAUAUAGGCGUUGGUC